UGAAUUUUGGGGCACACGUCUCUGUGGUGCGUGCAGACUGUCAGAGAAGAAUGAACGUCCUUCGGGCCUUGAGUGCUCUGAGGUGGGGUGCAUCAAGUCACCUACUGCGGAAUGUCUAUGUGGCAUUUAUUCGCAGUAAGCUAGAGUAUGGCAGCAGUGUCAUUGGUGAGCUGCCCUCUUCCAGCAUCAAAUCACUUGAAAGUGUACAGAACAGCGCUCUACGGCUCAUCCUGGGAGCUCGUCGCACUUCUCCAAUUAGGUCCCUAGAGGCCGAAAGCUUCCUGUCCCCGCUUCACCUCCGCUUCCGCUUCCUAUUUAUGAAAAGGUGUCUUCGCUAUGCAUAUUCUCCAACACAAGCAAUAUUGCCUGGGCUCCUGGGAAUUGACCCCAUUAGUGCUCAGAUCAACAACUUGCAUCCAUUUGCAACACAUGCUCGUUACUUGUUUCAGUCCAUGGGUAUUGCUAUGCCUCGCCAAGUGAGGACCCCAGCCUUCUCACCAAUUCCUCCCUGGAUCUCCUUACAUAAUCAGAUAUGUCUUGAUCCCAGUGGUGGCCUGGCCUUGCCUCAUCGUGAUAGCUCUUUCUCAACUAUACUAGCAUACAGGAUGGACCAAUUUUACUCUGGACACAUCCCAAUCUACACCGAUGGAUCUCGUUCUGAGGCCGGGUCUGUUUCUGCAGGUGUAUACAUCCCCCUGCUUUCAGCUGCAACUGGUUGGCUGUUGUCACCAAGCCAUUCAGUGAUGGGCGCAGAAUUGUUUGCCAUAUACAAGGCACUGCAGAUGACACUCAGUCUAGUUGAGCUACAAAACCGACAGGUAGUGAUCUUCACUGACUCAAAGUCAUCCCUGCACCUGAUCCUUAAUACCCGCCAUCCUACCUAUGCUGCAAUAGUAUAUAGGAUUCAUGCCCUUCUUCUUCAGAGGGGGCUAAACUCGGUUGCUUUCUGCUGGGUGAAGGGUCAUAGUGGAGUUUUUGGAAAUGAGGUGGCUGAUCGGAUUGCUAGCCUGGCGCACAGCAGUGACAGGUCCUCUUGUUCAAUACUUUCUUUUGAUGAGUCAUAUGGGCAGCUAGCUCAGGCCUUUAACAGCCACUGGCGUGCAUACUGGCAGACUCAGGUUGCUGCUACUGGUUGUGGCCAAUUCAGAUACAACCUUGAUGGAUGCAUCACUUAUAUAGAUUAUAGCUCUCUGACUAGAUCUCUGCAGUGUGCGGUGGCCCGCCUUCGUCUGGGCCAUGCAGGCGUGGGUGCCCACCGUGCCCGGUUUGGAAU